AUGGGCUCUGAGGCUGUGAAUCCGAAGGCUUACCCUUUGGCUGAUGCGCAGCUGACCAUCACCAUCCUCGAUAUUGUACAGCAGGCUUCUAACUACAAGCAGCUUCGCAAGGGAGCGAAUGAAGCGACCAAGACGCUGAACCGCGGCAUUUCGGAGUUCGUCGUCAUGGCGGCCGACGCGGAGCCCCUCGAGAUUCUGCUGCACCUGCCGCUGCUCGCCGAGGACAAGAACGUGCCGUACGUGUUCGUGCCGUCGCGGGAGGCUCUGGGGCGCGCGUGCGGCGUGUCGCGGCCCGUGAUCGCGUGCUCCGUGACGUCCAACGAGGGCAGCCAGCUCAAAUCGCAGAUCCAAAACCUCAAGGACGCCAUUGAGAAGCUUCUCAUUUGA